GCGCAGACUCAGCCACUGUAGCCAGUGGGACAGCAAAGGGUCACUCUAAAAAUUGCUGCUGGGACUUGUCAGGUGGCUGCUGGUGGCUCCUCACCGGAUUUUCCUUCUCCCUUUCUCUCUCUCUACAGAUUACUUUCCCAAGAGGAGUCUGCUGCUGAGAGUUUGUCACCACAAGUCGGGGAGGCCACUUCACACAGGAGGCAAGCUCUUGCCUGUAAGUGUUUUCCAACAUGGCCCCCAAAAAGAAGACUAUCAAAAAGAACAAAGGAGAUAUCAAUGAGAUGACCAUAAUUGUAGAAGAUAGUCCCCUGAGCAAACUAAAUACUUUGAAUGGAAUCCUAGAGGGAGGCAAUGGCCUUAGCUGCCUUUCUUCUGAAUUAACAGAUGCUUCUUAUGGCCCCAAUCUCUUGGAAGGUUUAAGUAAAAUGCGGCAGGAGAGCUUCCUAUGUGACUUGGUCAUUGGCACCAAAACCAAAUCCUUUGAUGUUCACAAGUCAGUGAUGGCUUCAUGCAGUGAGUACUUUUACAACAUCCUCAAAAAGGACCCAUCUACACAGAGGGUGGAUCUGAAUGAUAUCUCACCACUGGGUCUGGCAACUGUCAUCGCAUAUGCCUACACUGGAAAGCUGACCCUCUCCUUGUAUACAAUAGGAAGCAUUAUUUCUGCUGCUGUUUAUCUUCAGAUCCAUACCCUUGUAAAGAUGUGCAGUGAUUUUCUGAUCCGAGAGAUGAAUGUUGAGAAUUGCAUGUACAUUGCUAACAUUGCUGAAACAUAUUCUCUGAAAAACGCAAAAGCAGCAGCCCACAAAUUUAUCCGGGAUAACUUCCUUGAAUUUGCAGAAUCAGAUCAGUUUAUGAAACUGACGUUUGAGCAAAUUAACGAACUCCUUGUAGAUGACGACUUACAGUUGCCUUCUGAAAUAGUAGCAUUCCAGAUUGCUAUGAAAUGGUUAGAAUUUGACCAAAAGAGAGUAAAAUAUGCUGCAGAUCUUUUGAGCAAUAUUCGCUUUGGUACUAUCUCCGCACAAGACCUGGUCAAUUAUGUUCAGUCUGUGCCAAGAAUGAUGCAAGAUGCUGAUUGCCACAAACUUCUUGUGGAUGCUAUGAACUACCACUUACUUCCAUACCAUCAAAACACAUUGCAGUCUAGGCGCACGAGAAUCCGUGGGGGCUAUCGAGUCCUCGUCACUGUUGGGGGACGUCCAGGCCUUACUGAGAAGUCCCUUAGUAGAGAUAUCUUGUAUAGAGACCCUGAAAAUGGAUGGAGCAAGCUUACAGAAAUGCCAGCCAAGAGUUUUAAUCAGUGUGUGGCUGUGAUGGAUGGAUUUCUUUACGUGGCCGGUGGUGAAGAUCAGAAUGAUGCAAGAAAUCAAGCCAAGCAUGCAGUCAGCAAUUUUUGCAGAUACGAUCCCCGCUUCAACACCUGGAUACACCUGGCCAACAUGAACCAGAAGCGCACGCACUUCAGCCUGAGCGUGUUCAACGGGCUCCUUUACGCCUUGGGCGGUCGCAAUCCAGAAGGCAGCCUGGCCUCGCUGGAGUGCUACGUGCCCUCCACCAAUCAGUGGCAGCCGAAGACGCCCCUGGAGGUGGCGCGCUGCUGCCACGCCAGCGCGGUCACCGACGGCCGAGUGCUGGUGACCGGAGGCUACAUCAGCAAUGCGUACUCGCGCUCGGUGUGUGCUUACGACCCGGCCAGCGACUCGUGGCAGGAGCUGCCGAGCCUGAGCACGCCAAGGGGCUGGCACUGCGCAGUCACCCUGGGCGACAGGGUGUAUGUGAUGGGGGGUAGCCAGGUAGGGCCGCGCGGGGAGCGCGUGGACGUGCUGACCGUGGAGUGCUACAGCCCGGGGACCCGCCAGUGGAGCUACGCGGCGCCGCUGCAGAUCUAUUUGCACUUUAACCCUUGUUCCUUGUUGAGGGAAUUGCAAGAAUCAUGGAAGCCUUACUCUGACCCUAAAAACUAAAUCAAGAUGGUUAAAAGCAACCUGGAUCCUAAAAUCCCUGGGAAGAACACCAAAUAAAAUUAUGUCCUUAAGGAUUAUUAACUUAACGCUUAUAUAGCCUGAAGAUUAUACAACCAACAACAAUAAUUUGAUUUCUCCCACUCUUUUAUAUGGAUGAAAGUGAAGGAAACAUUUGAAAUUCUUGGAUUUGCCGAUAGCAGGAUGACUGAGUUCUAUUGGUAAGUGCCAUUGUUGCCCGUUUCAUAGCAGACCUCCUGAUUUCUUAAUUAAAAAUCUAAUACAUUCAUUUCACAUAGAAAUAUUAAAAAAUAAUGCCCACUCAUGUAUUUUAACCUCAUCUCCAAAUUAGCUUUGCAAAAUAAAGUGUAUCCACUUGAUUUCGUUUUUCAUAUAGGUUUGCCAAGUUUGGAGCAAGGGAAUGAUUGUUGUAAAUGAUACAUAUUUUCCUUUCUUAUAAUUGAUCACUUUAUUCUUUGAUAGUUUGUUUUGAGGAGGAAGUGGCCUAUCAACUAUGGGUUAUGUGCAGUUGGAUUUUGAAAAAUAAAGCAAACUGUUUCAAUGGUUAAACAUGAGCUAUAUGGAAAUAUAACUGUGUUUUCAUUAAUCCCAUCCUCUCCCACCUUGUAUAGAUUAGGUUAUUGCUAGGGUUACAAUAUUUAUAUUUAAAAUAUGUUAUUGGCACUGUGAAAAGUGUUUCAUAUAGUACAUUUUGUGGAACAAUUUUAUAUCACUGCCCUGUAUGAAAAAUUUGAACUCUGUGCAUUUAAUGGUAACACUCAAGUAAUGGCUAAAGCAUGGUAAGUUAAGAACAAGAUAUUAUUAAUAAAAAACACUGGGCUGUUCUUUCAUCCCACACAGAGCUUGAGGAGCAUCUCCAUGUACAGAGCAGAUCUAAAAACACCUGCUCCUUUGACGCUUUAUCCGCCCAGGCUGAUAAAUAAAGGUGUGUGAGAAACUAGUUUGUGGAGCAAGUUAAAUCACUGAGCUCUGACGUUACCCAACUACAACAUAUAAACACUCAUUUGUCCUGGCAGCAUCAUUGGUGAAAUAAACUUUCCACUUUUAAUAAAUUAUUUUCAUGGUUUCUCCAUGUUUCCCAACUGGAAAAUUACUUCAUUUUUAUUAUGUCUUCAGCUUACAUUCAAUUACACUCCCAAGUCUUAGGAUCUAACCCUGUACCUUCUUUUAUUUUCCUGAAUGAAAAGGACUUGUUAUUUUUGUAAUGCCAGAGCCCUGUGAUUAAACAAAAGCAUCAGUUGAGGGCAUCAGAGAAAGAGCAUGUUACCCAGUCACUGAAAUAAUGCAACUCAAUCUCUCAUUUUCUGAAUAGGCCAGAGACCUGAUGAGAAAGUCUCCAGGAAGCCAGACUUUAAUGUAGUCUGUCCUUUUUUAGGUAGGUCCUUGGUGCCGAGUAGUCAUCUCUGAUGUACUAGUUGCAUUGGCAUUGAAUGAGUUUUAUUUUUACUUCCAGUGUUGUAAGAAUGGUUAUGAAUAGAAAGUCAGUGAUGGUACAGAUUAUAAUGCUAAACGAUGAGUAGAUGGCAGUGGAGUGUUGUCAGUGAGGAGGUAUAACUGAGGUAAUGAGGAAGUGAGGUUGUACUAAAUGGUUCUAUGAUUUAAGGCAAGGCAGUAACUAUAGUAAGUGUACUUUACAAACAUGCAUGCAAAUAGAGGUUUACCUGGAAAUAUGGAAUUGUUAAAAGGUCCAUUUUUUUGCUGGUUAUCCUGGCCAAAUAGCUUCAAAAUUCAUUCAAGUUGCUAGACACAAGCAACUAAAAUCACUUCAUUUAAUGAAUUUUCCCUGAAUUACAAAGAAAUGAAUUUAUGGAAUUUUUUCUGAAUGAUCUGUUGAAUUCUUCUCUGAAUGAAUCUCUGAAUGAGUUAGAUCCCCACCCCAGCCACUGACAAUUAUGUUUUCUAGCACAAGGCAGCAUUAAAAUGAAUUAUUUUUCAGUAUUUCUUUUCAUGCAAAUAAAAACGAUAGUGUAGUUUCCUAACCAUUCCUUCAUGGUAAUUAGGAAAACUAAAGAUUCUAAAAUAUUAAAGAUUUACCCUCCAGCACAUUCACAGGGUAAGCAACAUUUAAAUUUCCCUCUCAGGGAAUUUGAAAUAAAACACUUGUCUUGGAUACUCCUACAAAAGGUUGUAUUUAUUCAGCAAAUUUUGGCAAAAACUUGUUUUUUGUUUGCUUAAAACAUUCUGGUACUAUAUAAGGAACAACAAGCCAAAAUGUAUAGAGUGUUUGUAACCUCAUCACUAUCAAUAAAGCUGCAUUCAAAAACAGCUUGUCAGCAAUCAAACGUGGGCAGUUUUAAAGUGUCCUUU